AAAAAUAAUUUUGUUGCUAAAAUCAGUUUUAAAUAGUUCAGUUUUCUUUAUUAUUUCUGUUGAUAUUCUAAGUAUGGAAACACCAACGAAUGAAGGUUCUGAAGAAUCUGAUAGCUCAAUCCCGGAGGGCAGCAAAGAACAGUUACAUAGUGACAGUGCCAGCACUGAAACCGGUGAGCAUUCUCAAACCGGCGCAGAUUCAAAAACAGGCAAACGACCCGUUCGCUCCCGGAAAACAACGACCACCGCCGAUCUGAUUCAAGCUUUCAGUGUCGCCAACAUACCGCUGACUUCACUGAAAAUUCGUGGACUAGUACAAUACUUGCAAGCCAACAUCAGUGAUCCGGCGGCACCUUCUUCGAGCGAUCAGCUGAAGCGUUGCUAUCAGAAGUAUAUGAGUUUAAAUAAGGACCUGGUUUCGCCAACGUUUUGCGCGGUGCAAGGUUGCAGUACCUGGUCCCACAAAAACCACAAUUAUACGAUUUUUCCGUUCCCCGACUGUAAGGAAUCCGUCAAACUGUGGAAACAGGCUCUGAAUUUGACCAAGGCUCGUAAAAUGCAAGGUGUAUGUGAGUUGCAUUUCGAUGAAGAUUUCCUGAUUCGGGAAAGUGAGGAUCACCAUGUUACACUGAUGCCCGGUGCGAUACCGAAGAAUUUUCAAGGACCUAUCAAACCAUUGCCGUCCACUAACCAUUGCCGAAUGUGUGGCUUAUCGGUGAAGUGUCCCAUGACAAACACCGUUUCAGAGCUGCAGUUGGACCACCGUCUGCGGCCAGUAUUGGACAUGUGCCUAGAGCUGAACGAUUCUAAACAUAGCUUACUACCGGAUACCGUUUGCGACGGGUGCACAAAGAUGGUACGGUUCGUGGGUAAAUUCGCCGAGACCUGCUGGGAUGCUCAGCAGCAACUAUUAGGUCUCUAUGCCGGUGGAAUGGGGGGUAAGAAAGUUCAACCGUGGAAGCGGCUCUAUCAAUACGUGGAGGAUACGGAGGAAAGAGGUGUUAUCCAAACAGAAUCACCAUACCCGUCACUAUCAGAACAGGUGGUGUUGUUAACAACAGAAGAACAAGUCAGCGAAGUAGAAUCUAAAGAAGCUCCACAAGAUCUAUCAGUUAAAUUCGAUCCCGAUAAUGAUGCACCAAGGCUCAUAUCAGUAAAAGCGGAACCCUUGGAUAGCUGCAAUUCUAUCAACGAUGAAAACGUACCCGAAACAAGCAACCAGGAACCUCCGCGGAAGAAGUUCAAAUCUAGAGUCCAACAGAUCGACAUGAGCAGUGGUCGGUAUAAGAAAUACGAGUGUGAAACUUGCUGGCAGCGAUUGGCUAGCCAAGCGGAGCUGAACACGCAUACCCGGAAACAUGAACGCGAGCGGAGCGAGGGUAAAUCGAUGGCGGAUGCAGUGCUCACCGGCUGGUCUAUGGACACUAUCAAGUGCUUGCAAUGUAGGAAAAAGUUUAAAACCACAGAGGAACUGAAGGCGCACACCGCCCAAGAGCACAAGUUCGAAGUAUACUGUCCGGUGUGUGGAAUAAGAUUCAGAAACAAAGAAGUUUUGGAGCAACACAGGAAGCGAGCUCGCCGCUGUAUUCUAUAUGAUGCAGGAAGAAUCCAAUGAAAUUGAAUUA